AUGAAGGUGGGAAAGGUGGGAUCCAUCAGAGCCGAACUGGCUUACAACAUCGUUUUUGGAUGUGAUCACUAUUCUUGGGAUAUGGAUUGCUACCUGUUCCUCAAAAUACUAAGAAAUGAAGUGUCUGAGCUUACAUAUUUUGCAAUGACUGACAUGAUUGAAAAGCUCUAUAACUCAUUUGUCAAGCUUGACGAAACAGAGGGAGGAAGAGUUAAAGGAACAGUUCUAAAAAAGAACGCCAACAAGCAAUUAGAAUUAUUCUUUCAAGGAAAGUUAGAUGAUGACAUUCUCAAACUCAAAGUGGAAAUGCACAAAGACGAACCCAACAACGUCAUUAACUAUGAAAAAUUGUUCCAACCUGAUGCAGAUGGAUUUGAUUCCAGAUUUCUCACAACUGUAAAAAGACAGUUCAUUACAGAUGUAGAAGAAUAUAAUAUUGAUUGUGCGGAAUGGUUAAGAGAGAAAGAGGAGCGUGAAGGUACACUUUCUGUAAAGCGAGUGUAUGAAAUUUUCGAUUACAAACAAGUGAGCAAAAAUUCUCUCGAAAAAACUAUUAGGAUUGGUCUCGACAUUGGAUUGGAAGAUGAAAUUAAAUGGGAUGAGCCUGUAAAUAUCGAUACUUUCAUGAAAAAUAUUCAAGCUAAAAUGUUGCUGACACGAACAACCUUUAGAGACACCAUAGAUCCAUCAGUAUUUGAUAUUGAAAUAGAAAAGGAGUUAGAAACUAUUGAUGUUUCAAAUCAAGAACUAGUUUAA